AUGAGACUGGUACUUCCUAACCCAGGGCUGGAUCUCCGGAUCCCGAGCCAUGAAGAUUUGGAGAGGAUAGAGAAGGAGGAGACUGGGGAAAGGCCCAAGUGGGACAACAAAGCCCAGUACAUUCUAACAUGUGUGGGCUUUGCCAUUGGGCUUGGUAACGUGUGGCGAUUUCCUUACUUGUGUCAAAGUCAUGGAGGAGGUGCCUUUUUGAUUCCCUACUUGAUCCUGCUGGUGCUGGAGGGAAUGCCUCUCCUGCUGCUGGAGUUUGCCAUCGGCCAGCGUCUCAGGAAAGGCAGUGUGGGAGUGUGGAGAGCCAUCAGCCCUUAUCUGACCGGCAUUGGUAUAGGCUCCAUGCUGGUGUCAUUUUUGGUUGGACUGUACUACAACACCUUAAUAGCCUGGAUCCUGUGGUAUCUCUUCAAUUCCUUUCAAGACCCGCUGCCUUGGACCCAGUGUCCUCUCAAUGAGAAUAGGACAGGAUUUGUACCAGAGUGUCAACGGAGCUCCACUGUGGAUUACUUUUUUUACAAAGUGACUCUGAAUAGUUCGCUCUCCAUAGCAGACUCUGGAGGAAUCCAGUGGCCCAUAGCAGUCUGCCUGCUAGCCGCCUGGACAGUCGUCGCUUUGUGCUGCAUAAGGGGCAUCACAACUUCAGGCAAGGCAGUGUACGUCACAGCCAUUCUGCCUUACAUAGUGCUGGCCAUCUUCCUGAUCCGAGGACUGACCCUUAAAGGCGCCCUGAGUGGAAUAAAGUUCCUCUUCACACCAGACGUGGACGAGUUGAUGAAACCAACUACUUGGCUGGAUGCAGGUGCCCAGGUCUUUUAUUCCUUUGGUUUGGCAUGGGGGGGCCUCAUCUCCUUCUCAAGCUACAACCCUGUUCACAACAACUGCAUGAAUGAUGCUGUGAUCCUGUCUGCUGUAACUGGCCUCACCUCAAUCUACGCUGCAACAGUCACCUACUCCAUCAUUGGCUUCAGGGCCACAGAGAAAUAUGACAGCUGUUACAGCGAGUGUUGUAAGGUCCAGCAACAGUACUGCCAAGUCUCCUCUACCUUCAUGUGCCUCCCUGAUAAGCUACAUGACAGCUCCUGUGUGAUUGAGGCAACCACAUAUGCCGGGGACGCCCCCUUCUGCACUGACGUGUCCAUGGCGAAAAAAUGGCCCCAUGAGGCAUUGACUGGAGUAACGUGUAUUGUCGCCUUCUUCAUCUGCCUCCUGUUUGCGCAGCAUUCAGGGAUUUACUGGGUAACGCUCUUUGACAACUUUGCUGGAUCUAUUCCACUUCUGACCAUUGGCUUGUUUGAGAUGAUAUCCGUUGUUUACAUCUACGGCAUAGACAGGUUCAAUAAAGACUUGGAGUUCAUGAUCGGACGUAAGCCCUCCAUCUUCUGGCAGGUUUCAUGGAGGUUCAUCAGUCCUCUAAUCGUUCUGGUUAUUUUAGUUUUCUACCUGGUGACACAAGCCCAACAAGAGCUCACCUAUUUAGUCUGGGAUCCCAACUCUGAAGUGUUCCCAUCUCUGGCAUCAGUCAUGUACCCUUCAUGGAUCAACAUGAUCAUCUUUCUUUUGGCAGGAAUCCCCAGUCUGACAGUGCCUCUGUAUGCAUUAUCACGGCUGGUCUAUGUUUGCUGCAAGAAGAAAUAA